CGCUCCCAUCUCUCGGGUUUUUAUCCUCCAAAGCAUAGCUAUGCUCGGCUUAAGGGGUGAGCGGUAUAUCAUGUGUACAUCGCGGACGCUCUGUCGCUUUCCCUCUCGCAGCAUAAAGAAGGAGAGCGCGACGGCUUCGGUUUUCGCAGCCAGCGCGAGGCAACACUGCUUCGGGUCAUCUCGGGACGCGUAAAACGGACCAACGGCACAACAUCACUUGUACGCCAAUUUCAAUUUUAUUUUACGCGUACGAGGCGAACGGUGUGUAUUCUUCGCGCUCCGCUGCUACUGAAAACGCGCCACAAAAACACUCUUGCUGUGCAGCCUUGCAUCCUUUUUGGGGGGAGUUUGGAAUCGAAAGCCGCGAAAUGCAUGCCGUGAAGUAGGCAAACCCAGAAAAAGAAAAUGUGAGUGUGCGAACUGCUUUACCACUGAGAUUUGCGGUGGAUAGCAAAAUCGGGGCGGCGAUAAAUCAUCACCCGGUGCGGUUUAUAUUAAUGUGGUAAAAAGAAUAUAACACGUGCGGUAUUAUCACUGUACGUGAUCGGUUAAUGUGUGAGGCGUUACAAAAAGAAACACAAAGUGAAAACAACGUGUAAAAACGAAACGCCAAAAACAUAUUGGUAGUGCACGAAAAAUCACACUCUCAAGUGGAUUUUUUCAAAAGGAAUUGGUUUUCCAAACGAUGUAAAAGUGCUAAGUAAUACUCACAUAAGACACCGUGAACACAGCAGUGCAAAACGUUGUCGCAAAGAAACACAAACACAUAAAAAUAAGCGAAAUAAUGCACCCGCGUUUUUCGUUAUCGGCUUUCUUCCUCUGUCCGUGCGCGAUCGUCUUCUUGUUCACUAUGGCUUCCGUUGUACGUAGCAGUUAGUACGUUCGACCGAUCUGCACUUUUGCAUCUGUGGUGUGACCCGCAUGGCGAACGAGGUUUGCAACCGGCGAAAACGCACUACGCACCAACCGCGCGAAUAUCAGCAGUGAGGAUCCACAACAUAGCCAACAGCAACGUCAGUUGGGAAUAAGUCAAAAGUUUAACUCUGCUAACCUUAACAUCACGGCGAUCACACGGAUGACAGUGCGAAUGUAUCAUUGUUCUUGUCAUCUCGGGUUCGAUAGCACAAAAGGUGCGUUCUGGCACGCGCGUACCCGGCACAUUUGCUGUGUGUAGUAGUACUGUAGGUAACAUUUGAGAGAAAUUCCACUUGCCACUUAAGCGUUGUGCACUUCGGUUGUGUGGGUGACAUUUCGCGGAUUUAUAGUGUGAUGAGGAUCGCGCAGCAGAGAGCGAUGCGAGAGAUUAACCAAGAAUAAAACGAAACGCGCGCGUAUGAAGAAUUGCCUAUGUCCAAAGGACUCAAGACACACAGCUGUACGGAAAAGUGUGCAACGGAGAAUUGGAACCGUGAGCGACGCUUCAGUGUGGAAUAAGUAUUAGUGGCAAAAUAAAAGUGAUCAUCUGGAAGCUGCUAAAAUUCCUGACGCGGUAGGAGGAAACAUACGCUUCAGGUUAUAAAGAAACAAAUAUCGCGUGUGUUACAGUGAGUAACGUGCCUGUUUGUACCGUGUAGAAGCGCAAUGAACGCGUUCUUAAAGCGUUUGAUGAGUAGCGUGUAUGUAGCAAACAACUAAUACAAGAAAUAUAGCGCUCAAGCAAAUACAAAUAAUCCGAGCAAAUUACCGUGUGCAGAUCGCGCUCUGUGCGUGGCUCUGUGUGUGUGUGCAGUGCGGUGCGUGAAGUAAAGUUCUGUACGGACCCGUGCCGGGGUCAGCAGAGGGCAUAACGGUGGAGGUAACCAGCGCCACCAGUAGUGUCCACGGGCUCGAGGGAACCGGCUUCGUACUGGCCCGUAAUCGUCAACAACAUCCCCAUCAUCAUCACCGGCAGAGGCAACGCCAUCGCCUGCACGACCAGCGGCAACUCGCCACGACGACGACGACGCUCGCCAGCAACGCAUCCUCCACCUCACUAGCAACCGAAAGGUUAAUUACGUUCGGUAAAAUUAGGAGAUACCGGGAAACGAGUGCCGCCUCACCGUCGUCGAGGACGUCGCCGGCAACGCCAAGUGCACAAUCGCUUCUGAUGAUGAUGAUGGCCACAGCGACGAAGGGCAAACGCCCGCUCCGUCACCUCACGGCGACGGAUAAAAUCGACGCAAUCCAACGGAUUCACGACGGUGAAUCGAAGGCGUCGGUAGCGCGUGACAUCGGCGUGCCGGAGUCGACGCUGCGCGGCUGGUGCAAAAACGAAGAGAAGCUACGCUACAUGUCACGCCAGUCGGUGGAAAAUGCGGAAAAGCUAAGCAACGAGGCAACCGCAGCCGCCCUCACAGCGGCCGCCGCUGCCGAACUGUUCAGCGGACCACCGGAGAAGCGGCUAAAGCUCGAGUCGGCCAUGUUCGGUGGGAAUGGCAAGCUCAAGUACGACGAUAGCUUCUACAAGGUAGCGGCAGCUGCCCGCGGUUCCCUGAACGGGCUCGAUCUGUCCGGCGGUGGAGGCGGUGGUGGCGGUGGCGUCGACAAAGCUGGCCCGCUCGGUGUGUCCGGUGGGGACAUUAUCAUGAACGGGUUGGCCGGUGCAUCGGCGGCUGACUUCAGCCAGUUUGCAAAGACGGCGGCCGAAAUUAGCGCACUCAGCAAAUCGAAGGCGUACGGCGCGGAUCUCAGCAAACACCAUCACCACGGCGGUGAUCCGACCAAGUCCGAUCAUCACCUCUCGAUGGCGGCCAUCAGUCCACUGACGAGCCUCAGCCACCUGUCGGGCAUGUCCGGGUUGGGUCAGAGUCCGCUAGCGCUUAGCUUCAACGAUAUCGCUACCAAUCUGAACCUGAUCGCACAACUCAACAACAAUCACAACCUUGCGACCAUGUCCAGUCUGGCGGGUGGACUUAACAGUGCUGCAGCUGCAGCGGCAGCCGCCCAAUCCCUGCGUAACGUUCGUCCGAAGGGUUCCGGAAGUUCGGCGGCAAACAACAAUGGUUCCGGUGGUGGAGCAGGCAAUGGUCGGGGUAGCAGUAUGCAGGACAAUGGUAACGGCGGCGGCGGCGGCGGAGGAGGAGGAAUAGGAGCUGGAGGUGUUUCCGGUAAUGGAAACAGUACGGAUAAAUCCUCCUCGGGUGGCAGCGCAACCGUUCCAUCGCUGACGGUUCGCAAUCUGGCCAAGCUGCAGCAACAGAAAAGCUCGUCCGGCGAGCUCCUCGGUAAUGGUAUGCUUCACCAACAGUCCCACGCUGCUGGCUUAUCUAAUCUGUCUGAGCAGUAUAGAAAAUCCAGUAACCAAUCUAGCAAUCCCGCCACUAGUACACCCACUACAACCACUACCAAUGCUUCCGUAGGUCGUGACACGAAUGCCGCCCCCGUCGACGAUGCGCUCUGGUACUGGCUCAAGUCGCAGCAGGCGAUGCUCGGUCUGAACAAUCUGUACACCGCGUUACCCCGGGCAGCCAGCCACAGUCCACCGACGCCGCCACCACCGAUGGGACUCACAUCCGUGACGGUUGGUGCCGGAUCUCCGAACCACGCGCAGACUACACUUCCACCGACGGCACACACCCCACAUACUCCGCCACCACCGCUAGUAGGGCCACCGCUCGUCAGUACACCUCAGCCAACGCCACCAUCGUCGGCACCAUCGCUUACACCGGAGGAUACGAAGAAUUCGUCCUGGUUCUGGCAGUGGUACAAAACCUUCGGCGCAUCCCUAAUGCCGGGUGGUACUGCUGGAGGGGCUGGCACUGCCGCGGCGGACAGCAAACAACAUCUGCGAGAACAGCAGCAGCAACAAGCCGCCCAGCAGGCAGCAAUUGCGGCAGCACUGCAUCAUCACAACAACAACAACAACUCGCUAAGCCAACAGAACCAGAACAACGGCGCGUCCGGUCAGAAGGGCAACGGUGGAGCGGCAGCAACGGCCGCUUCCCUGACGGCGGCCUACGAGAACAUCCUGUACUCGCAGCUGACCAAGGGUUCGUCGGCGAACGCAGUCGAUACGCUCAACAACAACCAUCAUCACCAUCUAAACCACCAUCUCACCGCACAUCUCAAGAACGAACCGAUGGAUCUCAAUAUGAGCGGUGUGAACGAUGGCGAUUCGAAGCCGGAGGAUCUCUCGAACCAUCACGCUGCCAGUGGAAAGGAUCGGAAUGGUGCAAUCGGGAAUGGUGAUAUGCGGCGUUCGCGAUACCACCACAACUCACCCAGUCGACCUUCGUCGGCCUCUUCGGUUGCGUCGUCCGCGAUGAGUGCUCACGGAUCGCGGGAUGGAGGCGAUCGUUUGAUGCCACCGACGCUGGCACGCACUUCCGAAGAUCGCGAAGAGGACGAAGCAGCCGCACUCGAUGAUGGUGAGGAGCGUGGUUUGAAACCGUCCACUACCUUGGAGGAAGCCACAUCCACCGAUGCGGUGGUAAAUGCCAGUGGCGGUCACAAAGAGGAAGACGACGAGGAGGAAGAUAGAGAGGAACGGCACGACAAUGGUCAGCGUAUGGCGGAGGACGAUGAAAGCGUUGCUCACGAAGAUCAGGAACAGCGGACGGAGAAGGAACGAAAGCGCCAAGGAUUGAAACGACGCAGAUGUUCCUCGGCCGAGCUUGUCGAAGCGAAGGAAGCGCUUGAUAACAUUCUGUUCAGCGGUAACAGUAACGACCGGUGCUCCACUGUCAGCAGUGCAGCCGCAUCUCCACCUCCGGCACUGCUUGCAAUGGCGGUUCGGGGACGAUCGACCAGUCCGGUCGGUGCAACGAUCGGUGGUGAACACAAUACCGAAGAUGGACCGCUUCAUACCGAUACCAAGGGCGAUACGACCGGAGACGAUGCCAAGAGUGAAACGUCGGAUGACUCGAAUCACCAUCAGCGCCAUAAGGUGGCCUCCGUGGCCGUAGCAGACAUUCGCAACUCCGCCGAGGCAGUGGAACACGGUGAGAAGUUCCUAAAGUGGCUCGAAGCCUGCAGCGACCCGAACGUGACCGCAAUGCAGGUGGUGCAGUUCAAGUACCUGCUCAACAGUAUCAAGCUGAGCGCCGAACGGCAGCUGCAAACUGCAACGGCGGCCAGUGCAUUGACCGGCAACGGACCCGAAGAACGCACCCGUAUCCGGAAGCGCAAGUAAAUCCGCGAACAGUCGACGAACUAACGAGAUCGUUUCAUACUGUUCUUGUUGUACAUAAUGAUAUAUGUCUGCCCAGCCCAGCUUGUGUCGGUAGGAUGUUGUUAGGGUUUGUUCUAGAGAAGGCGACAGGCAGUGGGUUUAUAUUUUUUACACAUAAAGUAAACUCCCACAAAACCGGUGGAUGUAAGCGUUUUAAGGGCACUUGCAACGCCACGUAACUUAAGGGCGAUCUACAUUAAGUAGUUGAAUUUUUUCAUUUCUACACAUUCCUCAACAAACAAAAGUCGAAAUCUAUAGGACAAAUGUGGCUUUAAGAUAUUUUUGUUCUUUUUGUUAACUAUCUAAAAUACGAGUCCAUGCUCGUUUACAUUCCAUUCCCUUGAAAAAGUUUUAUUUUACAUCGUUACGACUUCCCGUAAGUGAAAAUUCACUUUACAUUUGUAUUUGAAUUUCUAUCUAUUAAAUUGAUCUUCCGUUUACUGUGUUUAUCCCGCAUCUUUCGCACUUUUAUUUUAUUAAAACUGAUCUGUUGGAUUAUCAUACGUAGGCUCUUUGUUAAUAAGUUUGUAAAUAGCGGUUCGAUUAGAGCACCAGCUGCAGCAGACGAUGGCGAAGUCGAUUUAAGAAAAAAAACUGGCCAAAGCAAACAUUACGUAGGUUGGAUAUUAUUAGAUACACAUUCGGAGAACAUGAAGCCGGGACAGAAGUUAAUCGUACCCUUCCAAACGUAGACGGCAGAUGGAUGUAAUCAAUAUGAAAGUCCAACUAUAACCGAUCAUGAUGAAGAUGCCAAAUGUACAACCUCUUAGAAUGCACAUUAACAUUAUGUAGUUGUACGAAUGCAGUCGCGAUCGCAGAAAGGAAACUAGUAACGCAUAGCAUAGCACUACACGACCUGCUAACGCAGGAGAGCUGUGUUAGUUUUCCACCCCAAAAAUCAAUUAAACUUAUUCGUGUAUGUGGGUCGUUUUCUGCAUUUAAGUUUACACGCCAGAUCUCGUAGAGUAUGUUUUAUCGCUGGAUAAUGGAGAUCCGUAUGCUCUCACGCACUGAAUGGAUGUUCUUAUGUGUGUUUUUGCUCAACAUAAAAUCGUAAACUAAGCAAACAUAUUUCAAUCUCUAAUCGGUAGUAAAGCGGAAAACUUUUAGGGCCAAAAAUUGCUGCCAAGUGAAAGCAGAAAGAAGCGUUCGAAGAAGGUGCACAUUCUUCACAUUAGUAAAAUGAGUUUUUGGGGAAAGAUUUUGGGAAAAUGCAGCACAAACUAGCCACCGUAGUACCGUACUGCUGAUAUCAGAUAUCUUUAAAGGUAUCACAAAGAAGAAGGAGAAGAAAAAUCAAAAUCCUGUGACGAAUCGUAAAUGUGCAGUAUUCCAUUCACUGAUCAGAUAAAAUUUAAUAUAUGUAAUCGUUUCAAUCGUCGACAGAGGGAGCAAAAAGUCGGUCGGGGAAACGGAACAGAACAGAAGGGAGUCAAAAUCAGCGCUAAACAAAUUUGAGAAGAAAAAAGAUCUAUAAUUAUAUAUAUAUACACAAAACACACAAUUCUAUAUAUUUAGGCGAAAACAAAAACGACGAUUUAGGCGAGCGCGACAAACAAAUGUCAUUGUGAUUUUUUGGACUAUUUCCUAAUAAACGAAAAAUUCCUCUAGCGAAGACGAUAAUAGAGAGACGGCAGUAAGCAGCGGGGGACGAAAUGGCGCUAGUGUUAGCGAUAGUGUUAGGAUUAACAAUUUAGCGGCAAAAUGCGAAGGGGGCGUAAAAGCGAGAAGAAAAUCUUUGCAAAAGAAAAACACACAAACACAAACAAAAACACACUGAUAUUCCUAUGUAUAAACAAGAAACGUGAACUAAUGUAAAAUUUGAACUCUAUCACUAAAAGAAAAUGUUGAACAUACAUAAAUGAAAUUUGCGAAUACACACACUACAUUUAAAAAAAACU